CAAAAUCCGAAUUAUUUUUAAAAUAUUGGUUCACACAUUAAGUUAUGUUUGCUACCAGCAAGCUCGAGAUAACCAUGAUGCUCUACAGUCUCAAGGAGAUCAGUUUUGAUCUCAGGAUGAUGUAGAAGAGAAUGUGCCAGCCUGGUCUUCCCGAGAGGCCUGGGGACCCGCCUUGUUUGGUUCCCACCAAAAAGUACUCUCCGAAGAGUACCCACCAAAGAGUACUCUCCAUAAAGAGUACUCGUGGGGGAGGGGAGGCAGUGGGCUGUUUACAAAGCGGAGAGGAGCCCAGUUAUUUGCUGGAGCAUAAAAAGAUCAUAUGCCCACACAGGCUAGGUAGGACCGGCCUCUCCUUUCUGGGUGACUAACACAAAAAUACAGUCGACGUCUUGGAAGUGCUUCCUCUCCUGUCUCCCCGUCCUGCUCUCAUGAUUCAUCUCUGUUGGCCAAGAGGCCGUCUUUGCUCACCGUGCACGGGGACAGAAGUGGGUGCUUUUUGGGUGUGAAAGUUUCCAACCCUGCUUCCCGACCUCUGACCCAGAUAUCUUCCCAAGAGUGCUGUGAAUUCAGGCCGGGAAUAUUUUCCCCCAAAGGCGGAAAAAACAUCUUUCCUUUUCAAGGGAUCUGUUCUACAUAUUAAAAAGACACUUUUGUUUUUCCCCCAAAGAAAGGGUGGGGAACUCCUACUGUCCUUGGAGCUUUAGAUUUGCUGUUGGGGUGAUUAAAAAAAAAAGUUACUUCCAAAGUGCAAACUUGGGUGUGGGAAAAUAAAAAAAGACUCGGAUCUCCAGGAAUUUCCGCCGAGUGGAAAAAGCCAGUGCCCAAAGGUGCCACGCUACAGGACGCCCGUGUGCAAAUACAACCCACUUGGAAAUAUAACAAUUUUAGAAGCAGAGGGAUGGCCAGGACUUGGGGGUUCGGUUGUAAAGGGAUCACAGGGGGGUCCUUGCGCGAUGGAAUGUUCUGCAGUCAGACCCCAACCUCUGCAGGCGACAGCGUUGUAUAGCAGAGGACCAGCAGAUCUGGGGGAAUCUGAAUAAGAGCCUAGUUGUGAUACACACUAUCCUAGCUGUAAUAUACUUUUUUUCCUACAACUGCAUGGGACUCUACAAUGAUCUAAACAUACACGCUCCCCCCACGACUGCCGCUGCGCGCUCCGCCGGGUCCUUUUCACGUCCUGAGCAACCCCGGGGAGAACGCAGUGACCCCGCGCGUCCCUCGGUGGGUGUGCAGGGACCCGCUCCCGGGGCGGGGCCGGCGGAGGGCGGGGCGCGUGGAGGAAGUGACGUCUCGGGCGGGGCGCGCACCUGGGCACCUGGGCUGUCGCUGAGGCUCCGAGCGGCUCGGGCUGGCGGCGAGAGAGGAGCGAUGGAGGGCGACAGCGGGGUCCCGUGGGCCCUGGGGCUGCUGCGCACCUUCGACGCGAAGGAGUUCGCGGGCUGGGAGAAAGUCGGCUCCGGCGGGUUCGGGCAGGUGUACAAGGUGCGCCAUGUCCACUGGAAGACGUGGCUCGCCAUCAAGUUGUCCUCGUCGAGAACUCUGCACGUCGACGACGGGGAGCGCAUGGAGCUUCUGGAAGAAGCCAAGAAGAUGGAGAUGGCCAAGUUCCGGUACAUCCUGCCCGUGUACGGCAUUUGCCAGGAUCCCAUGGGCCUGGUCAUGGAGUUCAUGGAGACGGGCUCCCUGGAGAAGCUGCUGGCCUCCGAGCCGUUGCCGUGGGACCUGCGCUUCCGCAUCAUCCACGAGACCGCCGUGGGCAUGAACUUCCUGCACUGCAUGUCCCCGCCGCUGCUGCACCUGGACCUGAAGCCCGCAAACAUCCUGCUGGACGCCCACUACCACGUCAAGAUUUCUGACUUCGGGCUGGCCAAGUGCAACGGGCUGUCCCAGGACUUCGGCGUGGACGGCGUGUGCGGCACCGUCGCCUACCUGCCCCCAGAGCGCUUCGGAGAGGAGAGCCAGCUCUUCGACACCAAGCACGACGUGUACAGCUUCGCCAUUGUCAUCUGGAGUGUGCUGACGCAGAAGAAGCCGUUUGAAGAUGACAGGAACUUCCUGCACAUCAUGAUGAAAGUGUCCAAGGGCCACCGCCCGGAGCUGCCACCCGUCUGCAGAGCCAGGCCGCACGGCUGCACCAAGCUCUUGCACCUCAUGCAAAGAUGCUGGCACGGGGACCCUCGCGAGCGGCCCACCUUCCAAGAAAUCACUUCCGAAACCGAGGACCUGUGUGAUAAGCCCGAUGAGGAGGUGAAGGAGGCCGCUGAGGAUCCGGAGGUGAAAGCCCGUCCGGCGCCCAAGAGCGAGGCACCCGUGUCCACGGCCCUCAAGCGCGCCUCGGCCCCAGCCUUCGACAAGGACUACAGCCUGUCCGAGCUGCUGUCACAACUGGACUCGGGCAUCUCGCAGACGCUUGAGGGCCCCGACGAGCUCAGCCGCAGCUCCUCCGAGUCCAAGCUCCCGUCCGCGAACAGCGACAAGCGGCUGUCGGGGGUAUCCUCCGUCGACUCCGCCUUCUCCUCCAGAGGGUCCCUGUCCCUGUCUUUCGAGCGGGAGCCUUCCACGGGCGACCUGGGCACCACCGACGUCCAGAGGAAGAAGCUUGUGGACGCCGUUGUGAGUGGGGACACCAACCGGCUGAUGAAGAUCCUGCAGCCCCAGGACGUCGACCUGGUGCUGGAGGGUGGCGCCAGCCUGCUGCACCUGGCCGUGGAGGCCGGGCAGGAGGAGUGCGUCAAGUGGCUGCUCCUCAACAACGCCAACCCCAACCUGACCAACGGGAGGGGCUCCACCCCCCUGCACCUGGCCGUGGAGAAGAGGGUGCGGGGCGUGGUGGAGCUCCUGCUGGCCCGCAAGAUCAGCGUCAACGCCACGGACGAGGACCAGUGGACGGCCCUCCACUUCGCCGCCCAGAACGGCGACGAGGGCAGCACGCGGCUGCUGCUGGAGAGGAACGCCUCCAUCAACCAGGCGGACUUCGAGGGCCGCACGCCCAUGCAUGUGGCCUGCCAGCACGGGCAGGAGAGCGUGGUGCGCAUCCUGCUGCGCCGCGGCGUCGACGUGGGCCUGCAGGGCAAGGACGCCUGGCUGCCGCUGCACUACGCCGCCUGGCAGGGCCACCUGCCCAUCGUCAAGCUGCUGGGCAAGCAGCCGGGGGUGAGCGUGAACGCCCAGACGCUGGACGGGAGGACGCCCCUGCACCUGGCCGCCCAGCGGGGGCACUACCGCGUGGCCCGCAUCCUCAUCGACCUGCACUCCGACGUCAACGUCCGCAGCCUGCUCGCGCAGACGCCCCUGCACGUGGCCGCCGAGACGGGGCACACGAGCACCGCCAGGCUGCUCCUGCAUCGCGGUGCCGACAGGGAGGUGGUGACCUCGGAGGGCUUCACUGCCUUGCACCUGGCCGCCCGGAAUGGGCACCUGGCGACCGUCAAGCUGCUGGUGGAAGAGAAGGCCGACGUGCUGGCCCUGGGGCCCCGGAACCAGACGGCGCUGCACCUGGCCGCAGCCGGCGGACACACGGAGGUGGUGGAGGAGUUGGUCAGCGCCGAUGUGCUCAACCUGUCCGAUGAGCAGGGGCUCAGCGCCCUGCACUUGGCCGCCCGGGGCAGACACGCCAAGACGGUGGAGACGCUGCUCAAGCACGGGGCGCACGUCAACCUGCAGAGCCUCAAGUUCCAGGGCAGCCAGGGCCCCGCCGCCACGCUGCUCCGGCGAAACAAGACCUAGCUUGCCGCCCUCGGAGACUGGGGCCCCUGCGGGGGCUCUGGUCCCGUCGUCAUGGUCCAUGGUGGGGAUAGAAAGAUGCUGUGUGUUGGCCAGCAACCCUCACCUUGUUGUUGAUGGCCUGGCGGCACGUUGACCGAACAGGCCAUCAAGAGGCUGCUGACUCGGGGUGCCCGCCAGGAGUCCAUCCAUGCGGGUCACCCUCCAAAUGAAGGUGGUUAAACGGUGCUGAUCCAUCCACCCAUCUGUGUGUGCCCGGCGUCCGAGGCACGGUGGGUGGAAAUCAUUUCGUUGCGCUCCUGCUUCUGAGGCGGGUCCCUCGGUGACAGUCAUGGGUGCUGUCGAGCCCGCUGCAUCUCGAGUGGAGCCUCCAGGGCGCCCCAGCCUGAGGGUGCAGGGGCAGGGAGAGCUGUGUCUUCGAUCUUCAUUUGCAGCGGCAGAGCCGACGAAGCAGAUCGACUCAGAGUGUGUUAGUGGAAUUCUUGCGUGAUGGAACGCCCUCGCUAGGUGAACACAGCAUCAGCUGUUCCUUGAAAGCUCUUCAAAAUGUUCGUAGCAUCUGAUAGUCUGGCCUGUGCCUACUGCGUAAACGCUGGUACUGUUUGUCAAAGCCGGUAGGUAAGGUGCCGUCUCUGACACUGAGCUUGCGCCUCCGUUGCUCCUUGGGACAGCAUGACUUCCACAGGCCUGUGGCUGUCAUUCACGUCCUACUGCGCAGAAUGCAUUUUGAACCCUAGAGCCAAAUAGGCAAGAGGCAUUUAAAAAUUCACCUGUCACCUCAGUGUUGUAUGCAAAACAGUAUUACCUAGUUAGGUGAACCUUCUCACUUGUCUUCUUUCCAGCUGCCAUUCUGGGGGACGGGGGGGCUCAGACGGGCUCGCUGACCUGCCUGCAAACCUCUGAGUCGGGGAACCCCCAAGGCGGCCCCAGGAGACCAGCCGACACUCUGGGCUCUAAAAGACGCGGUGACCCAGCCCUGUUCACCCCUGUCGUAUGUGCUGUCCUAUGGCGCACCCCCUGACUUUGUAAUGAGAGUGCAUUCGCUGCGGGAGACGGUCCUGUUUGCGAACGUGACUUGUGCUGUAUGAUACAGAGAUUGAUAUUAAUAUACCAUGUAUAUUAAUGUGAGUCUGUGGGCUGGGUAUUUCUUUUCUAUGACAGGAAAUAUCCAGACUGCUCAGAACUGGCUAUGUUUUAAUACGCCUCUCGCUCUCACGAUGAUGUGCCCUGUUGUUUUAAAAAGACCGCUUGUAACAUGAAAAGCUUGGAUGUAAAUAAAUAAAGCCAGGGUGUUGUCUACCGUU